GUGUGACACCUACCGGAAGUAAACAAACAGAGAACUAGCAUCGUUCGCUGUGUGGAUGUGUGGAGUUAGCGGGAAGACGGUGGUGUAGUCGUAUCUGAGAGAAAUAUUUCAGUGGUAAUGAAGCAACAAUGUCUUCAGUUCAGUGUUUGAGAGAGUUUGUCAACGAGCGACUAACUGCUGCUGCUGAAGAAAUAUCCAGAGUCUUUGAACAAACUAUCGUCGAGUACGAGGAAGAGAUCGAUCGUCAGCGCAGACUGCUGGAUAUCGUGUGGAAACCUGAGAUAAGGCUGCACAGGACAGAGCUCCCACAGCAACAUGUCUGUAAGGAGGAGGAGGUUCUCACUGAGCAGCAGCUCUGUAACCAGGAGAGGAACUCCAGUCUGGACCAAGAGGAGCCAGAGCCUCCACAGAUUAAAGAGGAACAGGAGGAAGUGUGCAGCAGUCAGGAGGGAGAGCAGCUUGUACUGAAGCAGGAGAGCCAGACCUUUAUGUUGACUCCUACUAAUGAGGAAAGUGAGCACAGUGAAGCAGAAGCAAACAGUGAGCAGCAGCUCCUCUCUCACAACUCUCCUGUAGCUGAGAGCCAAGAUCAGAGAGGAAGCCAGCAUGUGGACCCAGGAUCAACUACAAAUGCAGAGACACAGACAAAGAGGAGACGUCGCAAAAACACAAGUCACAGGAACAAUGAACACAACUCUCCCACAACAGAGGCUCACUGUGACACUCAGAAAGGUCAACAGACUUUAAGAUGUGACACCUGUGGGAAAACUUUUCAGUAUGAGUCCAAACUAAAUGUACAUUUGAGAAGCCACACAGGUGAGAGGCCGUAUGUUUGCAACACCUGUGGGAAAAAAUUCAGUCAGACAUCAGCACUGAAAAAUCAUGAAAGAAUUCACACAGGUGAGAAACCAUACUCCUGUGAGACGUGUGGGAAAGGAUUUAGAACUAGUACAGCCUUGUUGCUCCACAUGAGAACUCAUACAGGUGAGAGGCCGUAUGUUUGCAGCACCUGUGGGAAAGGUUUCAGAUGCAGUAGUGGCUUACUGGUGCACACGAGAAGCCACACAGGUGAGAAACCAUACUCAUGUAAAAUAUGUGGGAGAGCUUUCAAACGUAACAGUGGCUUGAAACUUCACAUGAGUAUCCACACAGGUGAGAAGCCGUACGUCUGCAAGACCUGUGGGAAGAGAUUCUGUAGAAUCUCGCUGUUAAAAUGGCACAUGAGGAUCCACACAGGUGUGAAGCCACACUCUUGUGAAAUAUGUGGGACAAGUUUUUUAUGUAAUAGUGUCUUAAAAGUUCACAUGAGAACUCAUACAGGUGAGAAGCCAUACACCUGCAACACCUGUGGGAAAAAAUUCAGUCAGAGAUCAUCACUGAAUGUUCAUUUGAAAACCCACACAGGUGAGAAGCUGUACACCUGCAGCACCUGAGGGAAAAGAUUCAGAUGGAUUCCACACAAGCAGAAAUACCAUAUUACUGAUAUAAUGACUUAGACUCUGAAGUUGAAGCUGAGAAACCAUUAGUGCUUUUGGUUUAUGUACGUUGUUGUCAUCCAAUCAACUAGAGUUUUUCUUUUUUUGCUGUAUGUCCGUUAAUUUUGCAUCCGUUAAUUGUAUAAUUUUUAUGUACUUUGAUAUAAAUUCAUUGUUUCAUGUUUUCAUGUAAUUGCAUACAACAAUCAGAAUAUUAAAGAACAUGGGCAGUUCUGUUU